GCCCCGCCCCGCAGGGCCAGGCGCAGCGGAGCCGGCCGCGCAGUGUGUAUGUGUUCGCGGGGCGCCGUCUCAGCCCCGGGAAGAUGGUGGCGGCGGCGGCGGCGACUGAGGCGAGGCUGAGGAGGCGGACGGCGGCGACGACAGCGCCCGCGGGCAGGCACGGCGGGCGGCUCCGCGACCGGAGCGCGCCCGGGGCCGGGGGGCCGGGGCCGGGGGCCGGGCUGCGCCUCCCGCGCCCGCUGCUGCUGCUGCUGCUCCCGCCUCUGCUGCUGCUGCCCUGGGCCGCCGAGGCCGCGGCGGCAGCGGCCGUGGUUUCGGGCUCGGUCGCCACCGAGGCCAAGGAGUGUGACCGGCCGUGCGUCAACGGCGGCCGCUGCCACCCCGGCACCGGCCAGUGCGUCUGCCCCGCCGGCUGGGUGGGCGAGCAGUGCCAGCACUGCGGGGGCCGCUUCAGAUUAACUGGAUCUUCUGGGUUUGUAACAGAUGGACCUGGAAAUUAUAAAUAUAAAACGAAGUGCACAUGGCUCAUUGAAGGACAGCCAAAUAGAAUAAUGAGACUCCGUUUCAAUCAUUUUGCUACAGAGUGUAGUUGGGACCAUUUAUAUGUUUAUGAUGGGGACUCAAUUUAUGCACCACUAAUUGCUGCCUUUAGUGGCCUGAUUGUUCCUGAAAGAGACGGCAAUGAGACUGUCCCUGAGGUUGUUGCCACAUCAGGUUAUGCCCUGCUGCAUUUUUUUAGUGAUGCUGCUUAUAAUUUGACUGGAUUUAAUAUCACUUACAAUUUUGACAUGUGUCCGAAUAAUUGCUCAGGCCGAGGAGAAUGUAAGAUCAGCAAUAGCAGCAACACUGCUCAGUGUGAAUGUUCUAAAAACUGGAAAGGUGAAGCAUGUGACAUUCCUCACUGUGUAAAUAACUGUGGUUUUCCUUAUCGAGGCAUCUGCAAUUCCAGUGAUGUCAGAGGAUGCUUCUGCUUCUCAGAGUGGCAGGGUCCUGGAUGUUCAAUUCCUGUUCCAGCUAACCAGUCAUUUUGGACUCAAGAGGAAUAUUCUAACCCAAGGCUCCCCAGAGCCUCUCACAAAGCUGUGGUCAAUGGAAAUACAAUGUGGAUUGUUGGAGGAUACAUGUUUAACCACUCAGACUACAGCAUGGUUCUAGCGUAUGACCUUGCUUCUAGGGAGUGGCUUGCACUGAACCGUUCUGUGAACAAUGUGGUUAUUAGAUAUGGCCAUUCCUUAGCAUUAUACAAGGAUAAAAUUUACAUGUACGGAGGGAAAAUUGAUUCAACGGGGAAUGUGACCAAUGAGCUGAGGGUGUUUCAUAUUCACAAUGAAUCGUGGGUGUUGUUGGCUCCGAAAGCCAAGGAGCAGUAUGCAGUGGUUGGGCACUCAGCACACAUCGUCACACUGAAGACGGGCCGGGUGGUCAUGCUGGUCAUCUUCGGGCACUGCCCUCUCUAUGGUUAUAUAAGCAAUGUACAGGAAUAUGACUUGGAUAAGAAUACGUGGAGUAUAUUACAUACCCAGGGUGCCCUUGUCCAAGGGGGUUAUGGCCAUAGCAGUGUCUAUGACCACAGGACCAGAGCAGUCUAUGUUCAUGGAGGCUACAAGGCUUUCAGCGCCAAUAAAUACCGGCUUGCAGAUGAUCUCUACAGAUACGAUGUGGACACUCAGAUGUGGACCAUUCUUAAGGACAGCCGAUUUUUCCGUUACUUGCACACAGCUGUGAUAGUGAGUGGAACCAUGCUGGUGUUUGGAGGAAACACACACAAUGACACAUCCAUGAGCCAUGGUGCCAAAUGCUUUUCUUCAGAUUUCAUGGCUUAUGACAUUGCUUGUGACCGCUGGUCAGUGCUUCCCAGACCUGAUCUGCACCAUGAUGUCAACAGAUUUGGCCACUCAGCAGUCCUACACAACAGCUCCAUGUAUGUGUUUGGUGGCUUCAAUAGUCUCCUCCUCAGUGACAUCCUGGUAUUUACCUCGGAACGGUGUGAAGCACACCAGAGUGAAGCUGCUUGUCUAGCAGCAGGACCUGGCAUCCGGUGUGUGUGGGACACAGGGUCAUCUCAGUGUAUUUCCUGGGAGUUAGCAACAGAAGCACAAGAAGAAAAGUUAAAAUCAGAAUGUUUUUCCAAAAGAACUCUUGACCAUGACAGAUGUGACCAACACACGGAUUGUUACAGCUGCACAGCCAACACCAAUGACUGCCACUGGUGCAACGACUAUUGUGUCCCUAAGAACCACAGCUGCACGGAAGGCCAGAUCUCCAUUUCCAAGUAUGAGAACUGCCCCAAGGAUAACCCCAUGUACUACUGUAACAAGAAGACCAGCUGCAGGAGCUGUGCCCUGGACCAGAACUGCCAGUGGGAGCCCCGCAAUCAGGAGUGCAUCGCCCUGCCUGAAAAUAUCUGUGGCAGUGGCUGGCAUUUGGUUGUAAACAUGUGUUUGAAAAUUUCUACUGCGAAGGAGACUUAUGACACCGCUAAAUUGUCCUGUAGGAACCACAAUGCCCUUUUGGCUUCUCUUACAACCCAGCAGAAGAUAGACUUUGUCCUUAAGCAGCUGCGAAUAAUGCAAUCAUCGCAGAGCAUGACCAAGCUGACCUUGACCCCAUGGGUUGGCCUUCGGAAGAUCAAUGUGUCCUACUGGUGCUGGGAAGAUAUGUCCCCAUUCACAAAUAGUUCGAUACAGUGGAUGCCAUUUGAGCCCAGUGAUGCUGGAUUCUGUGGAAUCUUAUCAGAACCAAGUACUCGGGGCCUGAAGGCUGCAACCUGCAUCAACCCACUCAAUGGUAGUGUCUGUGAAAAGCUGGCGAACCACAGCACCAAGCAGUGCCGGACACCGUGUGCCUUGAGGACGGCAUGUGGAGAGUGCACCAGUGGCAGCUCCGAGUGCAUGUGGUGCAGCAACAUGAAGCAGUGUGUGGACUCCAAUGCCUACGUGGCCUCCUUCCCUUAUGGCCAGUGUAUGGAGUGGUAUACCAUGAGCAGCUGUCCCCCUGAAAAUUGUUCAGGCUACUGUACCUGUAGUCAUUGCUUGGAGCAACCAGGCUGCGGCUGGUGUACUGAUCCCAGCAAUACUGGCAAAGGGAAAUGCAUAGAGGGCUCCUAUAAAGGACCAGUGAAGAUGCCUUCUCAGGCCCCUGUAGGAAAUUUCUACCCACAGCCCCUUCUCAAUUCCAGCAUGUGUCUGGAGGACAGCAGAUACAACUGGUCUUUUAUUCAUUGUCCAGCUUGCCAGUGCAAUGGCCACAGCAAAUGCAUUAAUCAGAGUAUCUGUGAGAAGUGUGAGAACCUGACCACGGGCAAGCACUGCGAGACCUGCAUAUCUGGCUUCUAUGGUGAUCCCACCAAUGGGGGGAAAUGUCAGUUAUGUAAGUGCAAUGGUCACGCAUCACUGUGCAAUACCAACUCGGGCAAGUGCUUCUGCACCACCAAGGGUGUCAAGGGGGACGAGUGCCAGCUUUGUGAAGUAGAAAAUCGAUACCAGGGAAACCCUCUCAAAGGAACAUGUUAUUAUACCCUUCUUAUUGACUAUCAGUUCACCUUUAGCCUGUCCCAGGAGGAUGACCGCUAUUACACAGCCAUCAAUUUUGUGGCUACACCUGAUGAACAAAACAGGGAUUUGGACAUGUUCAUCAAUGCCUCCAAAAACUUCAAUCUCAACAUCACCUGGGCCGCCAGUUUCACAGCUGGAACCCAGGCUGGAGAAGAGAUGCCUGUUGUUUCGAAAACCAACAUUAAGGAGUACAAAGAUAGCUUCUCUAAUGAGAAGUUUGAUUUUCGCAACCACCAGAAUAUCACUUUCUUUGUUUAUGUCAGUAAUUUCACCUGGCCCAUCAAAAUUCAGAUUGCCUUCUCCCAGCACAGCAAUUUUAUGGACCUGGUACAGUUCUUCGUGACUUUUUUCAGUUGUUUCCUCUCUUUGCUCCUGGUGGCUGCUGUGGUUUGGAAGAUCAAACAAAGUUGUUGGGCCUCCAGGCGCAGAGAGCAACUUCUGCGAGAGAUGCAGCAGAUGGCCAGUCGUCCCUUUGCCUCUGUAAAUGUUGCCUUGGAAACAGAUGAAGAGCCUCCUGAUCUUAUUGGGGGAACUAUAAAGGCUGUUCCCAAACCCAUUGCCCUGGAGCCAUGUUUUUACUACAAAGCUGCUGUUCUCUCUGCAUUUGUGAGGCUCCCUCGAGGCCUUGGUGGAAUCCCUCCUCCCGGGCAGUCCGGUCUCGCAGUAGCCAGCGCCCUGGUGGACAUUUCUCAGCACCUGCCAAUGCUGUACAAAGAGAAGUUAGGAGCACUGAGAAACCGGAAGCAGCAGCCCCCUGCACAGCCUGGGACCUGCAUUUGAUGCUGGGGCCAGGGAAUCUCCGUGAGUGAGCAAGUGGAGGCGAGGUGGCGUGCUAGAGUCUGCAGGGAGGGAGCAGGCAGGAGACGCUGUGCUGAGCGGAGCAGGGCAAAAAACUGGAAACCCUCCGACUGGAAACAUCGACUCAUCUGCAUGUUCACAAGCUUUCUUUGACAGUUUCUCCCAUCUGUGCUCCAGCAUCUAACCUUUUAUUUUUGCAUAGGGAAUAAUUGAUUUAAUUACAGGUCCAGGGACGAUCCAGAUGUUGCUGGAGGAGGCCAGUGUGGAGCCAGUGAGAGAGCUAGGAAUGAUACUCAGGUUUACUUGUGGGAAACUGGUCUUGGGACUGUCUCAACUGUGCAAAAAACAAAGAUGUAGUGUUUACAAGUGAACGUGCAUCAUCAGUCGUUCUGGAACAAGGUCUUUUCAAAACUAGUUAGAUGGAUGAACUUGUCAUCUGAAACCUGCUAUCGUUUUAAAAAUAUGUGCUAUUUAUUCUUGCACAUUUUAGGCAGAUAACUCUCUUCCAGGGAGCUUUUUUUCUAGUUGAGAACUAAUGUCACUUUUGAAUCAUAUUAAACUGAGAUAGAAGGGGGCUAUUUUAAAUGUCAAGGUCAGCAGUGCUACUUAGAAUGUAAACUGGUGUGAUAGGUAGUUUUCUAUAGCAACUUGGUUAAUUUAGGUCUUAAUCCAUUUGGAAUUUCUCUCUCUCUCUCUCUCUCUCUCUCUCUCUCUCUCUCUCUCUCUCUCUCUCUCUCUCACUCUCACUCCCCCCCCCACCCCCACACACACACCCACACACACUAAGUGCCUAGACUUUAAAUAGAUCUAGCAAUUGGAAAGUUAGUAAGCUUACGUUUUUACAUAAUUGCAUUCCUACAUUCUUACAGAAUUUAAAUAGCUCCCAUUGGCAAUCUGCUUUUUUUCUAAAAUGUACUUUGCAGCCAGGAAAGAAUUCUCACCCCAAGCAACCUUUAUCCCAGCAGCAAGGACUGAGAGGAAAGCGGAAAUGACCUAACUGUAAAAGCUCCUGUUGUUAUUGUUGACAUAAGGACACUAGGCGUGAUCCCCAUGUGUCCCCCUGCUGCCAGGGCACCACAGAAGAAGGGACUCGCUCGUGGUACAUGUCUCCCCUGAGCAGAAAAGAGCAUGACAGCAUCUGGAUCAAAGCAACUCUGUUCCUGGAGCCUGCGCCGAGCUGCAGGCUGCGGUGGGAUCGCACGCCAGGCGAAGGACCUCUUUCCCCCAGGAGGGGCUGUGUUCUUCACGCCUCCCCAGGCCCAGGUGGUGGCCAUGGGGAAGGCAGUGAACACUAAAAGGAUGAAAAGCACAGGGGAAAAAUUGACAAGGGAAAACUACGCCAAAUGGAAAGUGACCAAAUGUAAGCAGGGUGGGGACAGACCUGGCUUUUCUCCCAGGGCACUGCCUGGGCAUCGUGCUGUCCCCAUGGUGCUCUGUUCCCUGGCAUUAUGCAGCAGCCUCCCAAGACCUCUCCUGCUUCAGAGACUGGGGUGGACCCCUAGACAACUGGGCUCAAAUUUGUGAGUUUGGAUAAGUAAAUACUCAAAAGAGCCAAAACUGUGACAUUUCACCUUUAAAUGCAGUGCCUAGAUAGGGAGUAUUAUCUCUUCCCCACUACCGACCCACUCCCAUGAAGAAUGGCCUGGGAAGAUGUUUUCAAAGAAGUUGAACUAGAAAAUGCUGUCUGGUUCACAAAAUACCUCUACUUUGAGACUUGCCUCUAGAAAGCUGUAUUUUCACAUCACUGUUAAAGAGCAGAUGGUUCUAGAAAAGACCCCUGGACUCCUCAUGUCCCUACUCCAGGUCACCGCACCCAUGGGGAGCCUGCCAUGGAUGGCCCUUCACCUAUGAUUGGCCCAGAGGGAGGCACUGCAGAGGAUUCUACCACAAGGGGCAUCAUUUGUUCUAAGGACCCCGUGUGCCCUUGUCCAGAGAAGUCCCUUCCCCACAGUAGUCCCAAGCCUUGAAAGAACAUGCACUGGUCCCACAGCCACCUAGUUUUAUUUAUUUUUUCCUAAAAGAUAAUGUUUUGUUUUAAAAGGGAAGAAAAGAGCAAAUGAAGUGUAAUUCUGCUCCCACAGUGGAGAAGCAGCUGAACCCACUGCUUCUCUUUUGCAGCCCAUAGCAAGCGGCUUUCUCCAGGCUCAGCCAGAGGAAGGGGGUGGCAGGAGAAAAGGCACUCGCUUAGAGCCAGUUACCAAGAGGGCAUCACCUGGAACUUCAGAGAUGUCUGCGUGUCACAGGAGAGCCUGUACAUAAAUUAAAGUAGUCAUGACAACCUUGAUAUUGCACUUGUACAUAACUAUACAGUAGUCCAGAAUGUUCAGACAUUCAGAGUGUACAUAAAACAGAAAAAUAUCUAAAUGUAUUUUUAUUAAAUUUAUGGCAUCUGAGUUUCACCCAAUGUGUGUUUGUGCCAUAUACUGGAUAUCCAAGUUCAGAGAAGUCCUCUUGUUAGGCCCUGAAGCUCUGAUAACAAAGCCAGAAAGGGCACCCCCAUCAUGCCGAUGUGUUCAAUGCAUCUGGUACCAAUGGGAUAAACCUGAGAACCCGGUCAUCUGUCAGUACACAUGGAAGCCGGCAGUGAGUUCGUGUAAACAGCAGUACGUGAGGAGACUCGAAGGCAGUGGGAAUCUGUCACUAUUGUUGGCUCUGCAAGAGCAUUGUGCAUCAAUCUGUCAGCCUCUGGGUGCUGUGGGGCCAGAACAGCCAGUUUCAUCAUGAGAAAUGUUUCUCAAAGUCUUUCCGUUCAAAGAUUAUACCUGUAGAAUCAGAUUUUCUGAAAAGGGGUUUUCCAGGCUGCAUUUUGUUGUGGUUUUGUCUAAAUUUUUAGUGAUCACUUCCAAGGACCAUAGUUUACUGUGCUGGAAACUGUAGGUGGGAGUGGGGUAGUUAGUUGAUACAUAGCUCCUGCUUCCCCAUGGAGAACUGCACACACCCUGCCCUCCUACCCUCUCCUACUCUCUCAUACACACAGCUUAGGCAGAAGUCUGUGCUUCUCUCUGAGGAUCGCCUCCAAAAGGUGGGAGGAGGUGUGGAGAGAAGGCAACUCCUACUUCCCUGGGCUAUCCCGGAGGAAAAGCAGCUUGGGAUCGAGGACUGGCAGCAAAAGGGAAACAUGGGAAUAUCUGUGGUGAGGCCUGAGGUGCAAGAUUAGAGACACCACAAAAUCUGGGGCAAAUGAAGAGACUAGAGCACUAUCAGAAAAAGUCAUUUUACCUUCAGUGCAAGUCUUACUCCUUCAACUUAGGGAGUGCAUUUGGGUAGGGGUGGGAAUGAUUCACGUCCUUGGCGGCAGGGCGGGGGGCGGGGGGGGCGGGGGGGGGGGCGCCUUGUCAUGAACACAUUCGAUCCUUCCGUUUCAUUCAUCCAGUCAACGAAUAUUCACUAAACACUAACAACCUAAGCUAAUGCUAGGGCAGUGACCACGAUGAAAAAGAAGCUCCAAAAUUACAACAGAAUCCAGUUCCCAAACCCAUCAUCCAGGUCUUUCCUUAGGAAUUCUGUGAGAAUUGGCCAUCCUGAGAACAGGCCCAGGAAGGCAGAAGGACUGUCCUCGGCUGUGCACCAGCUCUCAGUCCGAAAUGUUUACCCAGUGUGCCAAACUCGGCCUCCGAAGUCAUGGUGAUGGUUUGUAGAGAGCUAGGCCCGCCAGGAGACAUGUCCCUGAGUGGUUCAGACUAAUAAACACCCUUGCCGGCAGGGAAACGGUCUGGAGAGUGGACGAAAACUGGCGCCUUCUCUUUUAAAGGCAAUAAUGGAAGUGACUUCCAGUAACUGAAUUUGGGCACAAAACAUUCUGAACACUAGUGAAGCCUGUUUCAUUGAACUAAUUCUGGCUUUGAAAAUGUUUUUGUUCUGUAGUUAUUUACGUUUUUGUUUGGAUUCAAGCUUAGUUUGUUAAUAUGUAUAAUUUAGCAUUUAUUGCACUCAUGUAAAUAUGGAGUAAGUAUUGUAAACUAUUUCAUUGCUGAGGAUUGUGGGUACUAUACAUACAUUUAAGGACUGCAAUUUUUUGGUAUUUUUUGUAUUGUAAAAUAACAGCUAAUUUAAGCAGGAACAAGAGAAUUAAGGGAGGUCUGCAUUUUAAACACAAAUGUGAAGAACUUGUAUAUAAACAAAAGUAAAUACUAUACUACAAACUUCCUUCUGAAAUAAAAGUAGAUCUGGUAAAAAAUGGG